AAAAUGUUGACUGAAGUAGUAGGGGUUAUCCGGUUGCCACCGCGCAGCUUCUCUUUCCGUCCUUUACAUCGAGUAAAUCGUCGUGCGUAGACUUAGAGAGCCAUUCUUUCUAAAAUCUAUUAACAUCUGAGUUAAUUGUACAAGUUGUUAUAAAUAAAUAGACAAAAUGCCUCCCAAAUUCGAUCCCAAUGAAAUUAAGAAAGUUUACUUAAGAUGCGUUGGUGGUGAAGUUGGAGCAACCUCGUCUCUCGCUCCUAAAAUUGGUCCUCUCGGUUUGUCGCCGAAAAAAGUUGGUGAUGAUAUCGCCAAAGCUACCAGCGACUGGAAAGGUUUAAAAAUUACAGUACAACUGACCAUUCAAAACAGACAAGCUACCAUCUCGGUGGUUCCAUCCGCUGCUUCUUUGGUUAUCAAGGCGCUCAAAGAACCACCAAGAGAUAGGAAAAGGCAAAAAAAUAUUAAGCACAGUGGUAAUUUAUCUUUCGAUGAUAUUGUUUCCAUUGCUCGUGCUAUGAGACAAAGAUCAAUGUCUAGACAACUCAGCGGCACCGUUAAAGAAAUUCUUGGAACAUGCCAAUCGGUUGGUUGCACUGUUGAAGGCAGACCUCCUCAUGAUCUUAUUGACGACAUCAAUAACGGACUAAUGGAAGUUGAAGAAUGAUUUAGUUUGUCAUAAGGCAUUGGAAAUAUAAAAAAUAUAAAAAA